CCUGGGCACUGUCAGGCCGAGCCACCGAGGCGUCCUCCCCCUGCGCGCUUUUCCUCAAGGACCGCCUGGGUUAGGAUCGCCGCCGCUUCUCUCGCCCCCUUUGUCACUUUGCCCAGGUUAUGUUUCCCAAGGAAUAAAUUAUGGAUUCCAAAGACGACAACAAUGGAUUAUACAGGAUCACACCUUCUCAGCAAGCAUUCUGUUCUUGCUGUGGUGCUCUACUUACAUCAGUUUUGGUGACACCUCUAGAUGUUAUCAAAGUCCGACUGCAAGCACAGAACAAUCCAUCCCUCAGAGGAAAGCCGUUUUUGGAUUCUGAUGGUUUGACAGAUCACGUUUAUCUCUAUGAAAAUGGAAGCGGCAAAACUUGGAAUAGAACAUCUGGCCGUUUUACUGGCAUGAUGGAUGCUUUUAUGAAAAUAGUUCAAAGAGAGGGUGUGAAAGCACUGUGGAGUGGAUUACCUCCAUCACUAGCAGUUUCAGUUCCAACGACAGUAAUUUAUUUUACCUGCUAUGAUCAGCUACAUGAUGCCUUCAUUUCUAAACUAGGAGAAGAUAAUGACUACAUUCCACUUAUUGCAGGUGGUAUAGCCAGAUUGUUUUCAGCUACAAUAAUAAGUCCAGUUGAAAUGAUUAGAACAAGAAUACAGUCUCAGCGGUUGACUUAUAAAGAAUUGGGAGCUUGCAUUAGAAGCAAUGUGGCCAAAAACGGCUGGCUUUCACUCUGGAAAGGAUGGGGCCCUACAGUUCUUAGGGACGUGCCAUUCUCAGCAUUAUAUUGGUGGAACUAUGAAUAUUUCAAGACACUGUUAUGCAAGAAAUCAGAUGUACAUGAGCCAACAAUUCUUAUCACUUUUUCAUCUGGAGCAGCAGCUGGUUCUAUUGCUGCUCUAUUAACUUUACCCUUUGAUGUUGUAAAAACACAUACACAGACUGAACUUUGGGACUUGGAUGUCACACCCUCAUCACAGCAACGGAAAGCCUCAGUUUGGAAAUUAUUGAAGAGAAUUGUUGCUAAAAAUGGAUUUUGUGGAUUAUUUACAGGGAUUAUUCCAAGGCUAACAAAAAUCGCUCCUGCUUGUGCCAUAAUGAUCAGUACAUAUGAAUAUGGAAAAUUUUUCUUUCAUAGAUUAAAUAAAGACAAAGAUGUGAAGAACCAUUAGUGCUGCUUCUGUAAAUUUAAAAUUGGACCAUUGACCAGUAUGCACAAGGGACAUACCAAGGGCCAUACAAAAAAACGUUGCAUCCCAAGGUACAGUUCAUAAGCCUGUUUCACAUCAUCCAUGCUAUCUUUAAAAAUGUGUUGCACAGAAUGCCUACCUAAGUUCUUAGUUAUAACUAGUAUUCUCAUCUUGGUGGAAAACUUGCAAUUGAUGCAAGAUAAGCUGCUCCACCUUGUGAAGUACAGAUUGUGAAGAAGAUUGUGUACAUGAAUGAGGCACACAACUGAAUCCCUUCAGCUGCUACACAAAAAUUGCUAAUGUUUAAAGAAAACUGCCAAUAUCCAGAUCUGGAAAUUUUGUAUGCUGCUACCUAUCCUGAAUUUUCAGGAUACCACUGCCGAGAAACUACCACCAUUAUCUGUUAAAAGGAUGCAAAAUCUCUCAAGAACAGUAGAAAUGUUUUACACAUGAAUUUUCAUACAUUGCUGUAUAGGUGUUAGGCAGAUUGGUACCCACCAUCUAGCAAUAAACUGUGCAUAUGGUACUGUAUCCUGGCAAAGGGAUACUGAGCUAUUAAAUACACUUGAUAAAACAAUGCACAUGCACUGUAGCAGCACAGAUAUACCUUGGAAGAUUCCUCACCACCACACCUGUUUCUUACUAUACUUGUAUUUACUAAUAAAACUUGUAAACGAUGUCAGGUCCUUCUUUGUGUUUUAUUAGCACACUGCUGUCUUUGUCUGCUUGUGUUGGCUGAUUCAUUUGUCUUGUCCCGUUUGAUUCCUUGCCCUCUCUGAAGCUACUUUCACUCAUCUCCCCUGCUUUUGCUGUUUCAAACAAGAAAAAUCUUAUUUAACUCAUGCCACCAAGUCUCCCCCCUCUUGCCCAGACCUUCCAUUGUAUCUUCCAGUGAAAGUCCUCUUCCUUGCCGUCUGCCCAGUCCUCUUAAAAUAUAUUUAAUUGACAGCAAUACUGGCACCAUAAGAAUAUACAAGCCAAGAGGUCAGUGGGGUGAGCUUGAGUAUAGGAAGAGUGACUGAAUGAGAAAAAGAAUGCUGCAGUUAUUGCAAAGGAAAGACCAUGGAUAUCUUGAAAAGAUUUCCUUUGAAGAGAUUAGGCAAAAUGACCCUGCAAGGGAUAAAAAAGGAUAACCAUGCAUAAAUAUCCCAUUAGAGUCCUUAAACAUCAGUUUGACCCUGCUGUUGAAGCAUUUUACAGCUAUAAAACUCGCCCUUAGAUCUGGUACAACCAAAAUUUGUACAUGCAGGGAAUCCUGAGACCCUGUAGUUGGAGGAAUUUUCCAAUUAGUUCGUUCUUCCAACUUUAUGACAUUAGCACUGAAAAGCUUCAGAACAAGCCAUGCAGCUUCUAGUUGUUUUGCACAGGGUGUGAAUGUAAUCCUCUAGUGACAUUUGCACAGAAAAUCAGAGGAACGGAUCAUCAGACCUAGAACUGAACAGGUCAUCCUGAGUUGCUGAACUUACCCAGAGAUCUGUGAAGCUGCUCGCUUCAACCUUACUCUAAUACUAAGCCUUGAGUCUUACAUGGUGUUUCUUUCCCUUUGACUCAGGUAGACCCCAGAUGCAGUGUGAGCCAAGUCCUGCAAUGAUUGAGAAGAGUGAGAGAACAAGAGAAGAGAUAGUUUCGUAACGAGGGAGAAACAACUUGGAAAUACUAGAGAAAGAACUUGGAAAUAAGAGAUCAACGAGGCACUGCGCAGGCACAGCACCCAUAUGUGUGAUGCACAGAGGCCAUGACGAAGAACAAUCCAAAAUUCAGUGCCAACUCACGGUCCAUAUGCAGCCUUGAGUGAGGAUUAUUGUGUCAUCUGAAUGAACCCAUUUAUUAUGUGAUUAGUCACAUCUUCCAUAAAAAACAUUUUGUGAUUGUGUGCACAGCAAUUUCUCAAAUGCCAAAUAUAUCCAAAGAUUUGGAAAGGUAAGAGACCCCUGUUUUAAAAUACUGAAAAAAUAAAUUUUAGGCAGAUUAUUUUACCUUCACCAAGUGAAUUUAAUCCGUCCUGCUUCCCAUCUCCCUCUUGUGAAUGACCUGGAUCCAGGGAUGUCUGAGAAAGGCUAACAUCUGCAGAGAGCUGAUCCAGGCUGUGAAAACUCUUUCUGUAAAGUUCAACAACAAAAGUUUCAUUAAUUAUAUUUAAACUGUUUAAUAAGAGUUAGGGUGUAAUUAACAAAUGAUAUAAUAUGAGUGGAGAAAAUGAUUAAUUGCUACUUUAGCAGAGAGCAUCUUCCCACUUCAGGUAGUCCAGACAAAUAUGCUGCACAAUAAAUAUAAUGUGUAAGUAACAUGUCAGAUCCAGACUUAAUUAUCAUACUUAAGGUUGAAAAAAAGACUUAUUGUUAAUCAUGCGUGAAUCAUAGAUCAUUGUUUUCGGUGGGUUUACUUGAAAUAUGAUUAAAAGUGGUUCCAAUCCACAAAGUUUAAGGUGUUUAAGUAAAACUAUAUGAAGGAGGAACAGUACAGGUAUAAUCUUGUACUCAGUUACUCAGAAACAUUUUUCAUCAUUUAAACAGGAGAUGUUCAUGAGAAACUUCACAAAUCUAGACAAGGAUGCAAACUCAGAGGAAGUUAUGAUUGGCACUCAGGCAAGGAGUUACGCACUUAUGUUCCAUACUUUUAAGGUUUUCACAUUCACCUUUUCCACAUGUGCCUGACUGUACUUAAGAACUGAGAGGUUCAUCUCCAAGCUUUUCUACAAUAUGAGGUGGAAUAAUGGCUUUUCAGUGGUGGCAUUUCAUCUUUGGAAAGUUCUUUGCAGAAAGGAUCACCUAUAACUAACUUUGAGCUUUUCCCAGUGCUGGGAAAAUAACUUAUCAUCCCAACAUUUUAAUGUGUUAUGAUUUCUAUAAUUCUGCAUUGUACAUAAUUUAAUGCUAAUUCUAUAGAUGUUAUGUUCUAGCUUAUUUUAUGUAUAUAUUGGUUUGUUAUAUUUUAAUAGUUAUUGUAAGCCACCCUGAUAAUCUGAUUAAAGGGCAAAAUAUACAUCUCAACAAAUAAUAAACAUUCAAUGACA